AACGGGGGGAGGGUGAAAGGAUCGUUUCAGUGAGCUCGACUGUUGGAGAGUAAAAUCGUCUCUCAGCUCCACUCGGCUGGAUGUUUACACCACAGAGAGAGAGGAGGAGGAUGAUGUGUGGUAUUCAUGAUAUAACAUCAUAUUUACAGUAUUUAUUAUAAAGUCAGACAUUAGAGAGAAGAGGACAAAGAAACCUGACGAGAGGCACGUCCAGUCUGAACACAUGGUCAUAUGGAGUGUGUGUGCUUCAGUGUGGAUCGUCUCUGCUGCAGAAAGCCCCCAGAACCUCUGAGAGUCACAAUGUAGUCUGUCUCGACUCCAUGGAGAUGUCUCCACACACCCUGUCCUCUGCCUGGUUGCUGUGGUCACUGUGGUGGUUGUUUUUCCUGACCCGGCCCUCUGAAGCCUCUCCACCCUUAAACACCACCCUACUGUUCGACAGCGGCGCCCCCGGCUUCAGCCUGAGGAACUGCAGCUGCUCCGCCCCCAUCAGGGACUGCAACGAGGCCCUGGCUAACUCUGUGUGCAGAUGUCACACGGUGCUGCGCUCCGCUCUGCCCCCUGCUGGCCUCAGGGAGCGGGGAGUCCUCACCGUGUGGGUGAAGGAGCUGUGGGUGCUGCAGGAGGUGCUGAACAGGAGCACUGUCGCUCACCUGAGGCUCUCCUUCUGUGGAGAGAGACCCAUACACAGCCAGUACCUGUCUCUGCUGGGCCUUCAGACCCUCAGAGUCAACAGUCCCCACGCCCCAUACCCCACCCAGGAUAUCUCCAUCACCCCUCCAGCUGACUUUAACACACCUGCAGAGUCCCCCUCCCCGUCCCCCUCGGACCAUGUGACCUUUCUUGAUAUGUCGGUGCUGAACGGACUCUCUGCUCUGAAGGCUUACAGCGUGCUUGGACCCCCUCCUCACACCUUCUCCCAGCACUUCCCCCACCUGCACCUUCCCCCUGCCCCCUCCGAAUCUUACGCUCCUGAAGACCGGGCUACAGAGAACCUGCUCCUCACAUUCAUCUACUGACGUGUGGCUGGGUUCAGACAGGUGUGUUAUGAAGUCAAACAGCCAAGUUCUCCUCUGACAAACUCUCUGUGGAUUAUAAAGGAUGUGGAUUAUAUUUCUUUAAACUGGAUUUAAUCUUCAGAGAGGCUGAAAUCUUUAAACUCCUGCUGCUGUUUGUGUGUGUGUGAAGAAACUGUGUCACACAUCUGCACUCAUGACACACACACACACACACACACACACACACACACACACACCUGAUCUGUGUUCACACACCUGCAGCUGCCAGCUCCUCCUCCUUUUUAAACUUCAAAAGAAGACAGUUUUAUUGCACUA